UUUUACGCGGACUCCUCUGCAGAGCGGAGGACGCCAGAGGAGCACUGGAUCCCUGGCGUCUCAUGGACCUUCUUAGAACCCCACAAGUGGACCGACAAGGAACAACGCUUUCAUUUUGAACGCCAGCCUGCUUGUUUUCCUUUUGUUUCAUCCUUGCACAAAGUGAUAAAAAGAGUUGGGGAAGGGCAGCUAUGGCUUGGCCGUGCAUCAGCAGAGUCUGCUGCCUGGCUCGGUUCUGGAACCAAUUCGACAAAUCGGACCUUUCCGUGCCGCUCACCAUCCAGAACUACGCGGAUAUCUCCGAGCAGGAGGUGCGAUCCGUCACCAUGCAGGUGCCGUCCGCCUCCUCGGUCCCCGGGCCGCGAGGCGCCGGCGGCUCGCCGACCCGAGGCUCCUUCAAGGCGCGCAGGGAGCCGAGCUACAAGCCCCGGGAGGACUACCAACCCCCGGAGGUGCCUUUCCCCAGCGUCACGCAGUACAAGCAGGACUUCAAACCCUGGCCCAUUCCCAGGAAGGACCACUUCCCUUGGAUAAGUAAUGGCGACACCCCGGAGGGGAGGCUCGAGGUGAAAGAGGAGGACGGGAGCAGCUCUCACAAACCAGAGUGCAGGCCGUGGGCGAAAAGCACCAGGAAACAUCCGGCAACUGAACCUGCCCCCGUCCCACCUGAGACCAGCUACCAGGCUGCCUACAGCGGCGAGGCUCACCGGUCUACAGGGCCGCACCAGGGGGGCAUCGCCUCUGCCAGCACCAACAUACAGCCCGCCUCGGUCCCCCGGCCCGUCCUCGGCACCGUGCAAGCCGGCCCCGCUUACAACCCCCUCGUAUUACACACCAUCCAGCAUGAGAAGCCUGAGCUCAGUGCAUCAACAAAGGGGCAGGAACAUCUGGCUCGGACCAAGCUGCCACCAAACCCUUCUGCCGUCUUUCAAAGCGGAUCACGGGCCUUUUAACAUCUGACAGGAGAAUGUCUCCGGAAAUCUAUGCAAGGGGACAUGUCAGGAGGGGACCCCCCCCUGCCGAGCUAAGAUGAUAUCACUUGGACACCCCUCCCCCUUUA